GGCUGCAAAGCUCGCUGUUCACAAGCUGUUGAGUUCAUUCAUGAAGGUGAAUGAGUGAAGGACAGUCGGCUUGAGCAACAACAGUCCGUUGGCGCUGGGUGGAUCAAUAUAGCCGCUGUAAGCAUGACACAGUACAGAUCCGCCACCCACAUUUCAUGCUGUCCAUCCUCACGCUAUUGCAGCCUCUACUGACCCAACAGAUUUAAUCACCGCCUGGCAAGUCACUUUAGAAGCGGGGAACAUAUUAUGUCCUCAGUGGAGUGGAGACCUCAGUGAGCGAGCAUCCACUGAACAUCCAGAAGCUUUGCUGCUACCACCAGUGCAAACAUGGAAUUGGGCAAAGAGUUGGAGAAAGCCACUGCCACUGGACCCAAGACAGAUCUCAGGAAUACAUGUUACUGCAAAGUGCUCCUGGGUGUGCUGUUGCUUUGUCUUGUUGUGGUCGCCAUCGUCCUUGGAGUUUAUUUCGGAAUACGUGGAUCUCAGAAAGAAGUUCCCUCCCUACAACAUUUGGCCGUGAAAGUUUCAAGCUGCUCAGCUGAUGAUUAUAUCUGCGGCAAUGGCCAAUGUCUUACAAAGACCAACCCGGAGUGUGACAAGAUCAAUGACUGCUUGGACACGUCGGAUGAGGUGGGAUGCAGCUGUGGCACUCCCCAGAUAACCAACAGGAUAGUGGGUGGCACAGAAGCCAAUGAAGGAGAGUGGCCCUGGCAAGUCAGCCUGCAUGUAAUCGACAUUGGCCACGAAUGUGGGGCUUCAGUCUUGACAGAUACCUGGCUGAUAUCAGCCGCUCAUUGCUUCUCAAGGUUUGCAUCACCACAGAGUUGGGAGGCGCUUGUGGGAACCAUCUACAGAGAUGACCGACGUGCCACGGGAGUGAGGAGGAAAGUCAAGAGAAUCAUUGUCCACCCCUCGUUCAACCCGGCCUUGCUUGACUUUGACGUGGCUCUGCUGGAGUUGACUUCCCCCGUAGCUUUCUCCAGAUAUAUCCAGCCCCUGUGUAUGCCAUCCUCUGCGCACGUCUUCCGUGUCGGGAAGAUAUGCGCCAUCACCGGAUGGGGAUCUCUGAGUGAGAGCAACGCUACUUUACCCAUCAAUCUCCAGGAAGCCACUGUUCCAAUAUUGGAUAAGGAGGAAUGCUCCGAGCUCUACAACGACCCCAUAACCCCGCAGAUGAUCUGCGCGGGUUUCGCUGCUGGCCAAGUGGAUUCCUGUCAAGGUGAUUCAGGUGGACCUCUGGCUUGUGAGGAGUCACCAGGCAAGUGGUUCCUGGCUGGCAUCGUGAGCUGGGGUGAAGGUUGUGCCCGACCAGACAAACCUGGCAUCUACACAAGAGUGACCACGAUCAGAGACUGGGCCCUGCAGUCAAUAACGCAGUCCAGUAUCGUUUCAUCUUCCACCCCGACCAACAUUGAACAGACCACUUCUGUAGUAAAACCCACCGUGAACUACCAUCUACCGGCAGAGGUUCACUGUACAGCCACCACAUUCCAGUGUUCCAACAGCAGCUGCAUCAAUAAAUACAAUGCAGAGUGUGACGGUAUCAUCGACUGUGCUUCAGGCUCUGACGAGUUCAACUGCGAUUGUGGAGAUACAUCUCUAACGGUGGGCACGAAGAUUGUGGGUGGAGAAGGCAGUGCCCUUGGAGAGUUCCCCUGGCAGACGAGUCUCCAUGCAACGUGGAAAGGGCACGUGUGUGGAGGGACGCUGAUCUCCCCAACAUGGGUGGCCACUGCCGCCCACUGCGUUCUACGUAAGAAGAAUCCGGAUUAUUGGCUCGGGUUCCUGGGAACAGUUUAUCGCACGGGAUGGAACGGCACCAGAGUCACCUUCAAGAGAAUCAUCAUCCAUCCACAAUUCAACGUCUACAGCCUGGACAAUGACAUUGCCCUAAUGGAACUGACUCAGCCUGUAACCCUCUCCAGCAUCAUCCAGCCAGCCUGCCUACCUUCACUGUCCCACAUGUUCUCAGAGGCAAUGAAAUGUUUUAUUACAGGCUGGGGCACUACAUCAGAAGGGGGUUAUUUGGCUUACGUGCUACAGAAGGCCGAGGUUGAAGUCAUCAGGGAUGACCUGUGCUGGAAACUGUAUGGUAGCCAGGUCACUGACAGGAUGCUGUGUGCUGGUAAAGUGGCAGGCGGUGUGGAUUCAUGUCAGGGAGAUUCCGGUGGCCCACUGAUUUGCCGGGAAGAUUCGGGAAAGUGGUUCCUCUUUGGAAUUACAAGUUGGGGAGAUGGCUGCGCGAGGGUGAAUGCCCCUGGGGUCUACAGCAGAGUCACAGCCCUCAGACGUUUCAUUGCCCACUACGUUUUCUGAAGGUUGAGGAUUUGCAAUUAUUUCUGAUUCACCGAAGGCUUUGGGGUUUCGAUGCAGAACGCAGGAGCUGUGGAGACGUGAAUUCUCUUGGUUUUCGACAGUCUGUGAUCACUCCCUUCAGUCUUCAACGCCUCCAAUUCUUUUAUUUGUGAAUGAGAUUAAGGAAUUCUUUGAAAUGUAAUAUAUAUGAAGGUGAUCUUUUGGUGUCUUUUUUAAACUGCUCUGUUUAUGCUUUUUUUGCUUCUGACACACCAAAUGAGAUAAUAGAUAUCAUUCUUGUAUCUUAUCUAGUGUGAAAUACCCCCAAAUAUAUCUGUUGUUGGUUUUUAUGUGCUACAAUUUGAGGAUGAACAACUCCUAGUUACAAACCGUAGGAUACAGUGGAGAUUUCUGUUUAUUCUCUGCAUAGCACCAAUUUUAACAUCGCCUUGUGUCUGCUCUUCAGGUCAUUUCAUUCAGUAGUGUCAGGGCGGAAAGGAAAAUACUUGCAAUAACUCUUCUGGAAAACUAGAUUUUGGUUUUGGUGAUAUAACUGAAUGAAAAUGUAAGGUGCCGUGAUCGGGUCAUGAACCUACCAAAUAACAGUGAGAAUCUUAUGCAUAUACGUAGAAACAUAGAAAAUAGGUGCAGGAGUAGGCCGUUCGGCCCUUCGAGCCUGCACCGCCAUUCAAUAUGAUCAUGGCUGAUCAUCCAACUCAGUAUCCUAAAUCACUGACAGUAUUUUCGGGAUCAGAAGACACACAUACGGUAAUCACAUUGAGAAUACUAUCAGGUAAGGGCUGAUGCAUUAUCUUAGGUGUGUGUACGUUAUUCAUCGGCAAAUCAUAGUUUACUGGGAGACGCGAAACGUCUCCUAUCCCUGUUCUCCAGAGAUGCUGCCAGACCCGCUAAGUUACUCCAGUACUUUGUGUCUGGUUUUGUAAACCAGCGUCUGCAGUUCCUUGUGUCCCCCUUGGUUUCAUUGGCCCUUUGAAUUGAAAUAAGCAUUUCUGUACAAUUGGCAAAGGCGAAAUAAUGUGUAUAUCCCAAAAGAGUUAAAAAUGUGUUCAAUUUAGGCCCAUGGUUGAAAAUCUACCGCUGGGUGAGUGGAAAAAACAUUGCUUCCAAAGAACUACCAAGUAUUGGUUUUCACACCAAAGAUUAUGAGCUGGGGUUUAAUACAGGGGUAAUAAUCAUUACAACUUCUAGGGUUUUAGCAAGCCAAAGCCUCAGGUUCGCUUCUAUGCUGGAAGCUCUCAGGCCUUGUACUGAAGCCUAAAUGCCAAAACCAAAACUGGAAUGGUUUGUAAAAUAAGAAGCACAGAGCUACUGAAAGCAAGAAGUUUAGUAGAAUUCACGUUAGAUGGUAAAUUGACAGAAGAACACUCCAAAGAGGGAAGAAGCCAUUGUAACAAAAGCAUUUUUAUACCAAUAAUAACAUCUUUAUAGCAAUAAAAAUAACAUAACAUAAAAAUAAUGAGCAGAAAGCUAGUUGGGAUAGGAAUGAUUAUAGAUGGUUACUGUGGUGGGGGCGGCAUGGUGGCCCAGUGGUAGAGUUGCUGCCUUACAGCGCCAGAGACCUGCGCUAGAUCCUGACUACGGGUGCUGUCUGUACGGAGUUUGCAUGUUCUCCAUGUGACCGUGUGGGUUUUCUCCGGGAGCUCCGGUUUCCUCCCACAUUCCAAAGACGUGCAGAUUUAUAGGUUAAUUGACUAGGUUAAAAUUGUAAAUUGUCCUUAGUGUUGGAUAGUGCUAGUGUAGUCAUUAGAGAUAGUCCAGCCAGUGAAGAUCCGGAGGGCCAAAUGGCCUGUUUCUGCGCUGUAUCUCUAAAGUCUAAAGUAAAGUAAAUCUGGAUAUAGCUUAUGCUAGAAUGAGAGUCAAAUAUACCAGGAUACAGGAAAAUCGAAAAAUAGAAAAAUGGGAACUUUACAGCGAGACAGGAAAGUUUCUAAAUAUUGUGUAAAUGUUUUGCUGGCUUCAGUUAAAUUAGCUAUGGAUGGUAAUGACAUAGAUAACUGCAACAAUGGGAGAUUCAAAGCUUCAUAUAAUGUAAUUCAAAUAUAAUGGGUCAAAGAAAAAUACAUAAUUUGCUAAAAGAAUUAAGGAUAAUUUGGGAAAACAUCACAAACUUAAUAGAUUUAUAGAGAUUUCGAUGGAAAUGCAAGCAAUAAACCAAGAAUAAAAAGGGUCUCGACCCGAAAUGUCGCCUAUUCCUUUUCUCCAUAGAUGCUGCCUCACUCGCUGAGUUACUCCAGCAUCUGCAGUUCUUUCUUAAACCUAAAAAACUUGAGAAUCAUUUCAAACGGCCUUAGAUAUUUUCUUGAAUAAAUGUCAAAAGGUGAUAUGAAUUGCGGUGUGUACUUCCAGGCUAUGAAACUAUGUGAUGGCAGUAUAUGGAUUAUAACAGAAGGAAGACAGAAAAUGCUCGAGUAACUCAGCGGGUCAGGCAGCAUCUCUGGAGAGCAUGGAUGGGUGACUCUUCAGGUUGUGCACUAUCUUCAGACCGAUGGCAGUUCUCCAAAAAUGCUGACCCACUGAGUUACUACAGCAUUUUGUGGCUUAGUUGGCAUGAACCAGCAUCUGCAGUUCCUUGCUAUUACAUUAUAAUCUGAGCUGCAAAUUGUGUCAUUUGUAAUUGGUGCAAGUGCAUCUCAACUGUGUGAAACUGGACAAAAACAUCUGAUAAGCGGCUUUGUUUUAUGAUAUGUGAAUAAACACAGUAAUAAAGAAAAAUUCAAGGUAUUUAACUCAAUCUAACUGCACCUAAUAAACAGUGAACAAUUCAAAAACC